CAUCUCCAGUCCAGAAUUGUCCCAUUUUCCGUCUUGGCCACUGAAGACCCAGAGAAGAAAGCUUGUACUGGAUAUAAAUGCAACUGGUGGGUAGGAAGCCUUCGAAAAGAGAAUAAGACCUUUUCUGUUUAAACUCUACUUAAAAUGUAACGGCUAUCUGUAGACUACAGUAGAUGACAGGAGAUUUUGAUGUGUUUCACUCGUGCAGUAGUUCUGAUCAUUUGCUUGUGGAAAGAAUCAGACGAUACAGGAAGAGGCAACAAUGGGAGAAGCGUAUUCAGCUAUGCCAGUCAGACACUGCACUGUCCUCCUCUGUUUUAUCCUGCUAACUUUUCAAGGUGCAUGUCCACAGAGAAUCAUAGGUGGCGAAGAGGUAACACCGUACUCCAUCAAGUACCAAGUGUCCAUCCAGUUCAACAACCAGCACUACUGCGGCGGAACCCUUAUACACCCACAAUGGGUCGUCUCUGCUGCCCACUGCUGGAGGCCAAGCUACCUGAUCCAGGUGGUCCUUGGCGAGCACAACCUUGGGGUUAAAGAGGGCUUUGAGCAGGUGGCCAACAUCUCCAGGAUCAUUGUCUACUACAGCUACAACUACCGCACGUUUGACAACGACAUCAUGCUGGUUAAGCUGGAGCGCCCUUUGGAACUCAAUGCCAACAUCCAGCCGGCGCUGUUGCCCAGUGAGGACAGCUCCCUGCUCCCUGGCACUGUGUGCACGGUGAGCGGCUGGGGCGUCACCAAGGUGUACAGUUACUACCUGUCGCCCGUGCUCAGGGCUGUGGACGUCAACACCAUCCCCAACUGCCAGUACUACUACUACUUCAGGAUAUCGGAGAACAUGCUGUGCGCAGGCACAAGCUUUGGGGGCAAGGACUCCUGCCAGGGUGAUUCGGGCGGUCCGCUCAUCUGCAACGGGCGCUUCGAGGGCAUCGUCUCCUGGGGCAUCAGCUGUGCCAACUCCUACUUCCCCGGCGUCUACACUAAAGUACGCAACUACGUGCGCUGGAUCAACUGGAUCAUCAAGAACGACAGCUCCGAUUAGAGCCGUCGGCGUCCACACAGAGACUCAGGCCCACGGGCCAGGCACGCAGCACACACACACACACACCGUGUUGGGAGGGGGGAAGCCAACAGGGAUGAGUGCCCAUCAGGGCACAGCGUGUGUGUGUGUGUAUGUAUGGGGGACACAGGGCGAUCGCCCAUUAAGGGCACAGUGUGUGUUUAUGAGUGUGUGUUGAAGGGAGCCUUCUAGUAUGAGUGCUUGUCAUGGUCACAGUGUGUGUGUGUGUGUGUGUGUGUGUGU